UUGGACGAUAACUCCGCUGAUGUUUAGUGAUGAAACAAAUUAUUUGCAACUCCAAAACAACGACGUUGGGUAUACGUAUAUACUACGAUGAUUUUCGACGUCCUAUUAAUUUCAAUGUGCAUGGCACUGGCUGGCCAACUAAAUCAAAUCGCGUCAGCUUACAAAAUGCUUAAACUGAACGAAGACACGUAUGGUACACACGAUGGAAAAUCGUAUUCUUCUCCUGAUCGUGUAGUGCAAGAGUUCAAAUCAAUUAUAUCUGAUCAAGCAAGAGUCUUAAUAGAAAUGAGUAGUUUUUAUAAAAUAGUACGACCAAUUGUGCUCACCCAAAUUGCUAUCGCUUCAAAUACGUUGGUGUUUUUAACAUUCGUUAUGACUUUAAUCGCAAGAAGUGGUGAACAAGCAGAUUUUUUGCAGACGUUUAAGAUAUUUAGCGCCAUUCCCAUGUUUUUAUUUCAACUUUUUUUGACUUGCUACUUUUUUGGAAACAUUAACAAAUAUAAAGACUCUAUAAACUUUGCAUUAUACAGUAGUAACUGGACAGAUUCGAACAUCGAUGUCAAACGAUUAAUUGUAUUAACAAUGGCAAUGAAUAAUGCUCACCAAUUAAAAAUAAAAGUGACGCCCAACAAAAUAGUAAACAUGGAAAUAUUUGCCAAUGUAAUACAUAUGUGUUAUUCAGUAUUAUCGGUGUUGAUAAAGAAAAAUGGAAUAUCAUCGAUAUAA